GCGGGGCGCGGCGCAAAGUUAGCCCGGCGCCCCGGGACGAGCCCCGCAGCCGCCCGCCGGCCCUGGACCCCGCGGCGGCAUGGGCGAGCACCCUAGCCCGGGCCCCGCAGUGGCCGCCUGCGCCGAGGCGGAGCGCAUCGAGGAGCUGGAACCCGAGGCCGAGGAGCGGCCGGCGGCGGCGCCUGAGGACCACUGGAAAGUCCUGUUUGAUCAGUUUGACCCUGGCAACACAGGCUACAUCAGCACCGGCAAGUUCCGGAGCCUCCUGGAGAGCCACAGCUCCGAGCUGGACCCGCACAAAAGGGAGGUGCUCCUGGCCCUCGCCGACAGCCAUGCCGAUGGGCAGAUCUGCUACCAAGACUUUGUCAACCUGAUGAGUAACAAGCGGUCCAACAGCUUCCGCCAGGCCAUCCUGCAGGGGAACCGCAGGCUCUGCAGCAAAGCCCUACUGGAGGAGAAGGGGCUGAACCUCUCCCAGCGGCUGAUCCGCCACGUGGCCUACGAGACCCUGCCCCGGGAGAUUGACCGGAAGUGGUACUACGACAGUUACACCUGCUGCCCCCCGCCCUGGUUCAUGAUCACAGUCACACUGCUGGAGGUUGCCUUUUUCCUCUACAACGGAGUGUCGCUGGACCAGUUCGUGCUGCAGGUAACCCAUCCGCGAUACCUGAAGAACGCCCUGGUUUACCACCCGCAGCUCCGCGCGCAGGCAUGGCGCUACCUGACCUACAUCUUCAUGCAUGCAGGGAUAGAACACCUGGGACUCAACGUGGUGCUGCAGCUCCUUGUGGGGGUGCCCUUGGAGAUGGUACAUGGAGCAACCCGUAUUGGGCUUGUCUACGUGGCUGGCGUUGUGGCAGGGUCCUUGGCAGUGUCUGUGGCUGACAUGACUGCACCAGUCGUGGGCUCCUCUGGAGGGGUGUACGCGCUCGUCUCUGCCCAUCUGGCCAACAUCGUGAUGAACUGGUCAGGCAUGAAGUGUCAAUUCAAGCUCCUGCGGAUGGCUGUGGCCCUGGUCUGUAUGAGCAUGGAGUUUGGGCGGGCCGUGUGGCUCCGGUUCCACCCCUCGGCCUACCCGCCGUGCCCUCACCCGAGCUUUGUGGCGCACCUGGGCGGCGUGGCUGUGGGCAUCACCCUGGGCGUGGUGGUCUUGAGGAACUACGAGCAGAGGCUGCAGGACCAGUCGCUGUGGUGGAUUUUUGUGGCCAUGUACAUGGUCUUUGUGCUGUUCGCUGUCUUCUGGAACAUCUUCGCCUACACCCUGCUGGACUUAAAGCUGCCACCCCCACCUUAAGGCGCUGGGGGACCGAGGUCGGGGAGGGGGGCGCUGAGCAGCAGCAGGAAGGAGCAUGUACGUUCUUGCUCUCCGCACCAGCUCCGCGAGGCCGGGGCGGAGAGGACGAGAUGCUGGGCCGCGGUGAUGUAGGUGUUCAGGUUUGGACAAUGGGGCCUCUUUUCUGAAAGGCGCCUGCUGGAUGAGUUGGACGUGGCUACCAUUGUUAUUCUAGACUCUUCUGAGAACAGUGGGCCAGGGCGAAGGGGUGGGGCUAGAGCAGCCCUCCCCUCGGGCUGGGCUUGUUCUGUGUGUUCAGGGGACACCCCCCUGUUGCAGACUGAAGCGCAGUCUCCUCCCCUCGUCCCCACCCUGAGACGUCAGGAAGCUCCAAGGGGAGGAUAGCCAGGCAGGCCCCUGGCCAGUCCAGAGAUACAGUUACAGGCCGGGAAAUGGCCGCUGUCCAGCUGUCGGGUUUGGAGCUCUGGAGCAGAGGAGGGCCUGGUGGUGGGCAUGUUGGGUUUGGUUCAGGAGAGCCCAGGGUGCCCUCCUGGCGGUGGGCACGGGGCAUGGCCUCUAGCGCCUGGGGCAGGCGGAGGAGCUGCUGUAACUCCAGUCCUCACCCUUGCCCUGGGGGUAUCCAGCCAGAGAAACCCAAGCUGGAGGGAAUAAACUUCAUCCCAAGCGCUGCCCGAGGCGAGGCCCAGUGCCGGCUUUGGAUUUCUCCCUCCCUGUCUCCCAGAAUGCUGACAUCUCACAUCGGCGCCCCAGCGUCCCAUGCCCUGCCUUGUUUUUAGAGCCUUUUCCUUCCCUUCCAUUGCCCUGACCCUACAUUGUGCCUCCCCUUUGGUCAUGGGGAUGUGUGUGUGUGUAUGUGUGUAUGUGUGUAUGUGUGUGUGUUUGUGCAUGUGUGGGUGUGUGGUUUGGUGGGUGAGGACACCUAUGGGAUGGUAGGGGAUGCCGUGGGAAGAACGUGAGGCAAGUCAGAGGCUGCAGAGGAAGCCCGUAGGGGGCGUGGGUGUGUGUGGAAGGGUCUGUGUGAGAGGGAAAUAGGCACAGAGCGGUGGGAGGGUGUGACCCCUGAGGAUCUGGCUUUCAGCCCAGCUACCCCUUCCUUCCUAUUCCUCAUCCUUUCCAGGCAUCCCCGAGAGCCACUGACCAGUUGGAGGGAGACUUGUCUGCGGUGGAGGGAGACCUUGGGCCCUCCCAGGGAUGCUCAGGGUGCCGUGGUUGGCCUUUGCCAAGCUCCCUUCUUGUUUCCCUCUGGAAUGACCUUCGCAUCUGAGAUGGUUCUGUUCUGUUUUCCUGAGGAGGGAAGGAGCUUUGGGGUGUAAGAGAGGAUGGGGCAGGAAUACUGAAGGCGUGUGUCUACUGAGUAGGGCAUAGUAAAGGAAUUCCAGUUUAGGGGAAAACUGCUUCUAGAGAAUUGUCGGGUAUUUGGCUGAGGGCCAGAAGUGAGGGCAGCCCAUAGGCUCAGGUGCUCAGGGCUUGGAGGGAACUUGGUUAUUGUCAGGUUCACCCCCACCCCCAUGGCCCAAGUGGGAAAACCAGGCUAAGGGAAUGACUUCUGAGCCGGAGCUGAUGGGGGCCCUGAAUAGAGGGGGAGGGGAGGAUGGCCUUUGACAAAAUAUGUGAUUCCCUGUGUUCUGCUCUUGGAAUUCCCAACCACUGACAACCCAGAGAGACAAAGAACUCCAGUCCAGGAGGCACAGGGACUGGGUCCCUGAGGGGCGGGGGCAGGAGCUUAGUCUGGAGUUAGCCAGGCCAGGCAGUCAGGGGUCCUGGGCCACUGAGGCUUCCUGUCCUCAGUGAUCACACGUGAGUGGGCAGGGUCUCCAUGCAGCCCCAGGGUAUGCCAAGCCCUUCACCGUCUUUGCCCGGUGCUAAAGACAUUGUCCUGGUCCCCGCACGGGGCUCCGGAGGUCGUGCCGCCCUCGUGUCGGCACAGUACUGAAGACUGCCAGGCUGAGUUGGCGUAGGCCCAGAUCGGUGGCUGAGCUGCGUCACCAUGAGGCAUCUUGUCUGCCCCCUGCCAGCCUGUCUCUGCCCCACUGAGGGUAGGGUGUAGCUGGAAGAGUCUGCUUCCUAGGAGAGGAGAGCAAGUUGGAACUGGGGCCUGAGAGGAUUUGGGUAAGGAUGGAGAGGGGGGCCCUGGCCAUGGGCUGCAGCCCCCGAAACCUGGGUGGUGCUGUCCGUCCCUGGAGGAGCAGAGGCAGGCGGUGCUCUCCUGGGGGGCAGGGCUCCCUCCAGGCCCCCGGGUGCUCUGGGUUGUGGGUGGUGGGAGUGGAGAGUCCCCCCUGCCUUCGUCUGAGGCUGCCUGGAGAGGGGUCUCCCUCUCACAGGGAUGAGAAGACUGUGAACCAGAAGACUCUAGAAAGGCCUCAGAGAAGCACCCAGUACCCUCAGGGCUGCAGAUGGGAGCUUGCUACCAGGGAGGACUGCCUGAGGCGAAAAUCCCAUUUGCCGUCCUGUCUCAGACCCACCAAGAGAGCCUCAUCUUAUCUCAGGCCACCGGCCCCAGCCGUUCCCUGUCAGCAGGGUCCAAAAGGAACCCACAAGUUCUUUGGUCUGCUUCACACCCACUUCCCCACCCUCGCCCAACCAUCAGCUCCGAGCAGGGCCACCCAGUGGGGUCCACGGUCACUACAUGCAACCCAGGUCUCCAAACCAGGGCCAGAGAUCACUGGUAAGAAAGGUUUCCGUUUGGGUGUCUGGCUUUCUCCUCAGCCCGUCUGUGCACCCUCGCCCCCCACACCCUGCCAGCGGCACGUCGCCAUCAUCCCUCCUCCCUGGGCUGGUACAGCCAGCGGCCCUGCGUGCCUCUUGGGGCCGUGGAGGGUGGCUGGCCUUGCAUCCACGGGAUACAGAGGCUGAAAGCUGGGGAUUCCCCAAACAGCAGCCGUAGAUUUGCUGGCUCGUUAAACGGAAGAGGACUCACAGAAACUAGGGAAGGGAAAACAGAUCUUCAAAGGAGAAAUUUGGCUUUAAUGACACCAUUAGUCAUUCAUUUUUUUUAAUUAGGAAAAGCUCCCUAAUGAGGCGUUUUUGCCAGCUAAUAGGACACUCCAUUUCCACGAGGACCCUUCUUACCCAGAGGAUUAGGGGAGUCCUUGCUCACCAAACCCAGGUCUUCCCCCAGGGUCCAAUUUCGUUUGCGAAAAAUGCAGAUUCCUGGGUGCAGUGGAAGCCCUUUCCUGGCAUCCUUCCUGUGGCUCCCGGGGCUGGCCAGCAAGCACGGAUACCCCUCUGCCUUAAAAAAACAGUGCCCAACACUGAAUUUCCACCCCCACCCCCAGGACUUGAGUCAGUGGGAAACAAAGGGAAACACAAGCUGCAAUGUUUGUUUCUAAAUAUUUUUGUAUUGUGUACAUUCUGUAUAUUUUUGUUGUAACAUAUUAUUUGAACACAGAUUCCAUUAAAGAUUUUUUUUUA